AUGGCCAUAGAAAGGCCAAAACUAAAAGAUGAUGAAAGAAAUAAAGUUGCUCAGUGGCUGUUAGAACAUAGCAGUGCAGGGAAAUUGCAGCAUGGAGCCAAAAAGGAGGCGGCACUUCACUUCAAAGUGAACUUGAAGACCAUUUGGAAGAUUUGGAGCCAAGUCUCCCAUCAAAGAGCAUGUGGUGUACCUGUCGAGGUAAAAUCAAUUAGAAAAGGCUGUCUACACAAGGAUAAGAAACACAUUGAUGUUGAAAAAGUGAAGAAACUUUCUGUUUUAGAAAGAUCUUCUUUGAGAUGCAUGUCUACCCAUCUAGGUGUGUCUAAGUCUUUGAUUCACAAGUGGGUAAAAGAGAGAAAACUGAAACCACAUACAAAUGCAAUAAAACCAUUUCUUACCCCUCAAAACAGGUUGUGUCGACUUAGUUGGAGUCUGAAACAACUAAGUUCUCUAAGUGAAGAUGGAUUUAUACAAUUUCAAAGCAUGUAUAACACCAUUCAUAUAGAUGAAAAAUGGUUUUACCUUACCAAAACUAAGGACAGAUACUACCUCAUGCCCGAUGAAGUAGAACCCUAUAGGACAUGCAAAUCAAAAAGGUAUAUUGAAAAAAUCAUGUUUAUGUGCGCUGUUGCGAGGCCAAUAAUUGAUGAAGAUGGCACAAUCAUAUUUGAUGGAAAGUUAGGCAUAUUUCCUUUCACAACAACAGAACCAGCACAAAGGAAUUCGAAAAAUAGAUCAAAAGGUACAAUGGAAGUGAAGCCAAUUGCAGCCGUCACUAAGCCAAUCAUCAGAGCCUGCCUUAUUAAAGAGAUGGUCCCAGUGUUCAAAGCCAAGUGGCCAAAGAUGUCAAGCAAACACAUAUAUAUCCAACAAGAUAAUGCCAAACCCCACAUUAAAGCUAAUGAUCCAGACUUUCUAGCGGUUGCAAAUACUGAUGGAUUUAAAUUCCAAAUAGUAUGCCAGCCAGCUAAUUCACCGGAUACAAAUGUGAAUGAUCUAGGGUUUUUCAGAGCUAUACAGACCCUUAAAGAUCAAAAACCAGCCAAAAAUGUGGAGGAAUUACUAGAGAAUGUGAAAGCUGCCUAUGAGGAAUACUCACCAGAGAAGCUCAGCAGUGUUUUCCUCACUUUGCAAGGCUGCUAUCAUGAAAUAAUCAAGGCCAAGGGUGGGAAUAACUACAAGAUUCCCCAUAUGAACAAAGACAAACUCACAAGACAAGGGCUGUUACCACGUUGUAUUCAAGUUGAAGAAGCACUUGUAAGGGACAGUCUAAAGUUCCUACAGAUGGAGUCAAGUGAAGAAGGUGAUAUUUUAAACCUUGAAGGUGUCAUAGAAGGGCUGAAUCAAGUGGAAAUUGCAGACUAG